AAUCACUUGGUUUCUUCCUUUCAUCUUUUCAUUCACUCCAUCAUGAAAACAUCUAUUAUUGCUACUGCGUUGUUGCUGGCCGGUUAUGCCGUCGCUUUACCUCUGUCACAGAAUGAAGAAGCCAACAUCGCUCCUCUCUAUGUUUCCGCAGAAGCCGAGCCCAUUCAGGACUCUUACAUCGUGGUCUUGAAGAACCAUCUCAAUGAACGAAAAGUCGAAGAACAUGCCAGCUGGAUUCAGACCAUGCUAAAGAAGAAUGACCAUAACCGAGCUGAAACAUGGCUCGAACCGCGUGUCCUCAAUAACAUUGAACAUGUGUAUGACACUCCUUCAAUCAAAGGUUAUGCCGGUAAAUUUGAUUCGCACUUGCUGAAUCUUAUCCGCCAAUCCGACGAUGUCGAUUAUGUCGAAAAGGAUUCCAUGGUCUAUGCCAAUGAACUGCAACGAGAUGCGCCCUGGGGUCUGGCUCGUAUCUCACACCGAGAAACCCUCACUUUCCGAGACUAUAACAAAUAUUCGUACAACAGCGAUGGUGGCAAAGGCAUCAAGGUCUAUGUGAUUGAUACCGGUAUCAAUGUGGAUCAUGUGGACUUUGAAGGACGAGCCACAUGGGGCAAGACGGUGCCUGUGGGUGAUGCAGAUGAAGACGGUAAUGGACAUGGAUCGCAUUGCGCUGGUACGAUUGCUGGCAAACAGUACGGUGUGGCCAAGCAAGCCGAACCCGUGGCCGUCAAGGUGCUACGAUCCAACGGCAGUGGUUCCAUGUCCGAUGUGGUGAAAGGCGUGGAUUGGGCCACCAGUGAACAUAUCAAGGCUUCCGAAAGUGCCAAGGCGAGUCGACAGCCUUUCAAGGGUUCCGUGGCCAACAUGAGUUUGGGUGGUGGCAAGUCACCUACCUUGGAUCGAUUCGUCAAUGGCGCCGUCGAUGCUGGCAUCGUCUUUGCUGUCGCCGCUGGCAAUGAUAAUGAGGAUGCUUGCAGAUAUUCUCCUGCUGCCGCCGAACAAGCCAUCACUGUGGGUGCGUCCACCUUGCAAGAUGACCGCGCGUACUUCUCCAACUAUGGUCCUUGUGUCGAUGUGUUUGCUCCGGGUCUUAAUAUCCGCUCAGUCUGGCGAGGUAGCAAGCAUGCCACCAAUACCAUUUCGGGCACUUCCAUGGCUUCGCCCCAUGUCGCCGGUCUUGCUGCCUAUUUCCUGAGCUUGGAGGAGAAUGGCGCCAGCCCCAAAGAGAUCAAGGACAAGAUUCUCCAGUUGGCUACCCCAAAUAUCCUGAAAAAGAUUCCCGCAGAUACACCCAACCUAUUGAUCUUCAAUGAUAGCGAAGAUGAAUCGGAUUCCCGCAGACGAAAGCAUCACGGUUUCCGAGGCGGUUUGAAGGAUUUGUUUGGCGAUAUCUAAAAUUGAUAUCAUCCAUCGUCCCUUUUGCUCUGUGCAUGAACCUUUUUUUUUCCAAGUUGAUAGGAACACACUAUUGUAUUCAUCCUUUUACACCCCCCCCCCCCUUACUCUCAGAUCCUUUCUUGUUUCUAUUCCAUUUCAUCCGUUAUUCCCAAGUUUACAGAUACAGUAUUUGUCAUAGUGUUGCUUUCAAGCCAAUUGUUCCUACGAGCCUGUUUAUUUCUUUUUCUGCUUAAACAUACCAUAAAUGGCUACACAUCAUGUACCUCU